AUGUGCCCAAUGCUGCUGAACGGUCUCUCUGAUGGCCCGGCGAUGGUCCUAUCCCCUCCCCAGGACCACGCUUUUGUUCAAUUCCCUCGCCAGCCCAAGUUCACCCACGACACAGAGUCGCGGUCCUUCUUCUCCAAUAACAACAACCCCUUCCAACCAUCCAGACCCUCCCGCAAGAGGUCGCGUGACGAAGACUCCUUCGAAGAAGCCAUGAACGGAAGCAGCACUCCCAUGUCCAUCGUGGCUGCUUCUGCUCCGCAACCUAGAAAGCAAGAGGUCGAAGAGCCCAUCUAUGGCGAAGGCAUGGUUCUCCUCAACCCUCGCACCAAGAUGGCCAUCUCAGCAGAAAGCCAGACUGGCACGUGGUACGAAGAGACUGUCGAGAAUGUCACCACCGCUGCCCCGGUCUCGUCGCGUCGUUCCGGCAGUCCAUCUGCUAGCCGUAAAGCUCAGCGUCUAGAUCCCGCUGCUUCCAAUUUUGACGAUAUCACCCUCUCCUCCAUUCAGCGCAAAAUAAACACCGACCAGCAAGACGACAAUCGCCGAAUCCUCAACGCGGGUAACCGCUCCGAAGAACCCACUGUCGACGACGCUACGCGUCUCCUCGGGAUCAGCUGGCAGCGGAUUGCGACCGAUGACGCCGAUAUGGCGGCUGCCGUGCGCGGCUGGAAGAAGUACAUUGAUCGGCAGUUCGCGACGUACCUGGCCGAUUCACAGAUCCUCUUGAAGAACCGGGCGCUGAAUGCCUAUCUUGUCACCGCACGACCAAUGACACCAAUGGGGGUUUCCCCUACACCGGCCUUUUAUCUUUUCAACGAUGACCUCACCCAAGGACAGCUCGUGGGUUCCACAUGGGAAGCCUGCCUCAUGAACCUUCGCUCGUCUCCCAUCGUUUUCGAAGGCACACAGAUUCUGAAUGCCGCAGACAGGCCGCUCAAUAACGGCAUGGUCUCGAUGGCAGCUCAGAACCUGCUGGGCGCGAACCAGGUAGAUUCAGGUCUUCCACUCCUCCAGACUCUCUGUGCCCAGCCCGUGAACCACGGCAACGGCAUGGGGUUGAACAACAGCGUAGGAAUGGGGACGAGGAUGGAGAUCGACGCGUAA